AUGGAAUCACAGGCAACUCGCAGCUUAAUGGAAAACAUUCUUGCCGAUGCUAAUAUUCCCCAGAUAUUAAGUCGUGCUUUACGAAGCUUCUUUGCUGAGGUGGAGGAUACAAUACUCGAAGCAAUAAUUUCAAACUAUUUAGAGCCUGUUGCUCUCAACAAUCUACUAACUCGGCUAACUGGUGUCAACUUUAACCUGCAAAAUUCGAAUCUUGCAGGGUCCUUCGAAACUGUCGCAGCGUAUCUGAAAGAGAUUGUGCGACACCAUGCCCCUAUCGUGACCGGAUACUUCAUGGGCACAGUGGUAGAGCCACUAUCUCAUGCUCUUGUGAACUACGCUCAAAACCUUACAAGUAUACUCCUCUCUGUGGGGGCCAAGGAGCUGCCGAUUCGCGCCCUCUCUAGCCCGAACAUCGUGCAUGCCAAGCUGCAGAAGUAUUACUUGGAAUCAUCUCGUGUCAUGGAUUCCGAAGGACAUAGAUACAUUUAUGAAGCGUUUUUGGUUGCAUUCAGUGACCACGUUAUGUCUGCUCUCAAUCCAGCAAGCGUCCACCUGCGUUCCACUGGGCGGUUUCCAAUGCAAACGAUUUUUUUAAACACAGUGUUGGCUCCAUACGAAGGCAUUUCAACAACAUCGGACUUUCAUCUUUGGGACCUCAAAUGGACUCUCGAGACAACCAAUUACCGGAUGUUCUUCUAUCGACCUUUGCAGUCUGCGAUAUACGGCUUUGUAGGAAAUCUGCAAUUGACUGCUAGGAUCAAAGGCCAGAAGAUUCGCUUAAUGUUCUUCGUGGAAAGCAUAGACUCUAAAGACCCGUCUGUCAAGGAGCUGUUGAGAAAAACUGUUAGAAGGAAAUCUCUCCUGUUUGCGUAUGAGGCAUUUGAAAACGGCAGUGGAGCCAAAAUACACCUCUGUACUACUGAAGGGCAGACAAUUGCGAUUUUGACUACAAAGCAAAAGUCACCAAUGAUCCAAUCGUUCAAUCAAGCUGAAUUUGUGUUCUCAACAAACUUGCCUCUAAGCGAGUUUUGGGGAAGCCGCACAGAAGUGAUUCAAGGAACACUUGAAAGCCUGAAGUCCGCUUUUGCCGGCAUCCACGAUCUAAAUCAGAUUCAGGAGUGCGCGGAGGCCCUGAAGUCGACUUCCCUUUUUCCAUUUCUUCUCGAUUAUGAAUAUUAUACUCUGGAAAAUUGGUUCAUGACCGACUUUCACCUCGUUUUCAGCAGUCCUACUACACAUCGGGGAUUUGCACGCCUCACAAUCGUUCCGGAAAGGUCCCGGGCCCGUCCGUCCUUCGCGGUGGACCACUACGCACAGCAGCGAUCAAUCUCAGUGAUACCUUCAGAGCUGCACGCACCCUGUAAAUCAGCGUCUCGCCUUCGCUCAUUGCUAAGUUCUGCAGCCACCUGGCUGACUGGAACUGUUUAUGGGAAGCGUACCUUUUGUUUUAGAAAAGUGGAAUAUAUAAGAGGUACCGGUGCAGAGCGUUUAUCUUUUACAUGGUUUAGUAGUGGAAAGCUGCAAAAGAUCGAGCUGGCUGUACAAGCACUGAACCAACCAGUAGCCAAGUUGCCGAGAAGAGAUCGGAGGGAGGCGAUGGUCAACCGUGCAACUGUCCGCCUACUCAGAAGAGUAAUGAAUACUGAGGCGUCAGAGACUGGUACCCUGGCUUACCCAUCUCUCAGAUGGCUGGUGUUCAACUAUAUAGCUAGCCGAUGUGUCCUAGCUGGAGCUUUUCGGAGGGAGAGAUCGCUAUUUGAAGUUUCAGCUGACACACAGAAUCAGGCCUCAAAACGGGCACACAAAGAACAGUACUCGCUAAAGAUGAACUUCCUUAAAGAAAGUCGGAUUUCAACUGACCCAACGUGGAGCCUUCGCAUCAGCGCGCUUCUGAAGCAAUCGAAGUACGAGGAACUGGUAGCAGCCUUGGGUUCGCGGAAGGAUGUGUUUGUAGAUGCACUGGCGAAUGAGUACACGAAUUGGGUGAACCGCUGGCAGACAGCCUCGUCAGCAACCCAGGAACAAGUGCCAACAGAAGAUCAACUAGCUGCCAUGUGCCCAGAGAAUUCGGAUUUAGUGCAGUGCGAAAAAAACUAUGGAAUGUGGGGGUCUCUCUUCUUUCAAGAAUCCAUGAUAGAGUUAGGCAGUGCUAUUGCACAGAAGCGUAUGGUUUCACCUUACCUUUUUAAGUACUGGAAGAUCAACGAAAAGGUGUCCAACGCUCAACUUGCUAUCGCAGAUUUUAGAGAUUUGGAGGGCUACAAACACAGAAUGGAUCGAACUCAUAAUAUUGACGUGGUUGGCACACUUCAACCCUCGAUUUCGGUAAUGCUUGGCAAAUAUAGUCAGGUUUUGGAGGAAGAAAAUGCCGGUAAGGAUAUUAUGAAAGACCACAAGUAUCAGCUAUUGAAGUAUUUUCAUCUGCAAAUGCUUGACGUAUUACAAGAAGCGAAGAAUCCACGUGAACGUGUCACAACGGCCAGUCUGUCAAGCAGCCUACGAGCCGCCGGAUACGACGUUCUUGUUCGGCUGCCCCUUGCCCCUGAAUCUUCGCCCCAAGAAGAGAAAAAACAAUUUUCGGUACUGGAAGGGUUGGCAGAAUCAUUUUAUAGCGACCUGCUGCUACCUACGAAGGGCAUGCACGUGCGCUCGCUCUUCGGCCUCAGGCUUGGGCUGUACGGGUCGAAUGUUUUUCUCCCCUUCGCUAACAAGAUGAGAAGAAGCAACCCCUUAGCUACGCAUGCAGGCUUUCAUCUUUUCCCAAAAGACAACGACAUCAGAAAAAUCUGCAACUACCGAUAUUGUCCCCACUCGGUCGUUAUGUGGAACCAUGUCUAUGUUACGCUUCUUGUGCUCGCUCAACUUGUUGAAGUGCGUGGAGCAGUAGCCGAGCUACUCUCUGCCGACACAUUUUAUAACGUUACCGGGCAGGAGCGAAAUGACAAGGACCCUAAGCAAGUAGGUUGCCCUGCGAAGCUUCCAGGCUGUACUGGAGAGCACUCACGGAUUGUGCCUGUAACCUUUGAGGAGAGCUUUAUCGCAUUUAAAAUUGGACUGGGUUAUAUAUAUAAGAUGAGGGAAAAAUAUCCAGAAUCCGAACCUUUCUUCUCGUCGCCUCUUUCCACACAAACUACCCUCGCGCUGCUUAAAGCGUUUUAUGACAAAGACAAAGAUUUCCGGUUGCUUUUGAUACACAUGCCUCCCCCAGAAACCGCGGCCAUUCUGAGUUCCAACAAUCGUGCAGCCCUUCAAGACAGUACCUGGAAUGCUUUCAUUGCCCUAUGGUCAUUCCAAGAAGUUUUUGGCAGGCUUGCGGUGGACGUUUCUAAUAUGCUGGCACCUUUCCCGUCAUUUGCGCCUCCACCUGUCCGGUGGACUCCUGGAAAUACCAGUUUUUGGAUGCCGCAAUGCGUCCUGAACCCCGUGAAGGCUCAGCUAAAGAAAUUGUUCGAGCCCAUUUCAAAACCGAUUGCGGCUGUAACUGCAGUUGAACGAGCAGUCGACUCGACACUUUAUGAAAUAAGGCCGAAACUUCGAAAAGAAGGAUACAUUAGCUUUUCAGAUCCCCAGAUAAUUUCUUUAUGGUGGGAGAUAAUGGCCAUCGCCCUUGAACAACAACCUGGCAUGGAGGAAGAAAUAGAGGGUUUUUUUCGAAUUCCUAAGAACACUGAAGAGUUUUCCGCUAUAAUUCAACGGGGGGCAACUAUUUCCGCGUUCGUUUCCCAGUUGCAAACAGCUGAAACAAAGGACGUGCUCGUUCGAGAAGCCCAGCGCUUCGGUUAUGAUAGCUGGAAGACUCUGGUAUCCAGCUUCACAAAAGAGAGGCCAACGGAAGAGGUGGUGAAGAAAACGCUUGACCGUAUAUUUUAUUUGGUAUGCCGCAUGAUUCCAGCCACAGCAGAGACAGCAGCGAUCAAGAUCCUCGGGAAAGAAACGGAUGACAUUCAGUUAUUCAGGCGACUUGUAGAUGCCAUCACCACGAGGCUCAUGAUAUUGCAGGCCAAUGUUCCAGAAACGCUAACGCACUAUCCACUAUGCACUGCAUUGGAGAAUGUCAGUUGCGGAGGUCUGGACGUUGCUGAUCAACUGCUUUCUAAGCUUUGCCAAGAGCUAUACACUGUCAAAAUUCGCAUUUCCUCUAAGACCAGAUUCUCGCCAGAUUUUUGUCAGGCAAUCAAGCAAGCAGAAGAGCCAUUGAAGGAAAGGUGUGAAUGCGCGGAAACUCAACGAAAUCAUUCCGUUCUCAAGGAAUUCUUCGUGGACUACAUGAGUGGGCAGCUUGAAAGCAGCGCUAUCAAGAGUCAGUGGUCAGUUGUGCUGCAAAACCAAGAGCUCAAAUCUAGUGAACAAAAAGUGUUUCCCCUUGCAGACAAUACACUAGCCUCCGUGGUGCACGAAGCCAGUAUUCAGCUGGCUGAGGAAGGUUCCGCUGCCACUUCCCAAAACUUGCAGAAGAUCGCAGAGGAUGUCUACCACACAAUGUGCAGUUUUGUGGACUAUAUGAGUGAAGCCACCGAGAUGAAAAUUUCAAAUGCUUGCCAUUCCAUAACAACGCCUCCGCUUCUUCUCAUCGAGGAUAUCUCUGAGAUUAUUGAAUCGCACAUAUCGAGAAUACAGCUGAGCAGGUUUACCCUGAAGAUUCUCCCGUUUACAACACUCACUCUUCAUCAGAUUUUGGAUUCUGAACAUUUGCCUAGACACCCAGGAGCCAUUUUGACAACGGGAGUGCUGCGUCUUUUGACCAAAUAUUUUUCGGCAGAAGCAGGUCCUGGGAACCAGAGACUUGCAGCGGCCUACCAGAAUGUCCACAAUGGACUCGUCAAUAUGUUCAAGCUGCUUAUGAGCAAGCUUUACAAACUAAAGCCAAAAAUGGUUGCCUGGCAGAACAAGGUGGUGGAAACGCUGCAGUUUAUUCUUAAUCAUAUUGUGAGGAUCGUUCUGCGUUCGGCGGAAGGGCUUACAUACGUCAACAGAGAUGCUCUGCAAUUGCAACGCACCGAACAAAGCAUCCAAAGAGAAAUGCGUCAACGGCUUCAAGGCACGCAAAGCCAAUCCAGUGAGUUGUCUCAGAACGGCAAAGGCGGGCAAACAGAGGCAGAGACACCAGUUGGUUUGGUGGAGAUCACGGGUGGACAGUCACGAGCAAGUCGUGUUACCUCUUCACCCAGCCAAUCGCCAAUCUGGAGCAGCAUGGUGCUUUUGCAAACGUAUCCUGGCCCCACAUCAAUUUCAAAGGAACGAAGUGGGAUGCUUGGGGUAGUGAGGCUUUUGGCGUCCAUGCUACUUGCUGAUGUACCUCGCUUGGUGUCUGGAGUGGUUCCAACGGUCUUGCCAUCUGUUUGGUAUUCGAUAUCGAGUGUGCUUCGAGUUAAAAAGAGUGUGGUUGGUUCGGUCAAAGAUACAGCUGAGAAAGUUUGUAUCCGUGUGCUGGAGAGCAUUGUGCUGCCAAGCUUAAUAAGCACAAAUUCCCUGGUUCCGGAGUCGUUAAUCAAGACCCAGCUGACCCUUCUGGCAAGGAACAUCCAUUUCGCUGUUAUGCCAGAGUCCACUAAGGUGGAAAGCGACUUCAAAGCAGCUGCUGCACGCAGGGGAUUUCUCGGAAUCGGCGUUUUGACUCGCGGAUUGAUAUUCGCCAUCGCAGGUCAAUUGGAGGAGUUGCUUCAGAAUACUGCGUUCCAGGAACAGGUGGUUAAAAUCGUACACAGAAGAGUGAGAGAGCUCUCUGCGGUUAUACAGAUGGCCUUUAAAAGGUAUCUUGUGUCAGAGAUCAUCUGUCAGAGCGUGGAGGUCGUCAUUGACGUUGUGGCCGAGCUCAUCAACGAAAAGAGAGACGAUCUGGCACAUUCAUUACUGGAAGUAGUCGAGCUUGACUCUCUUGGCCGUCUUUCCAUUUUAUUGGAAUCUACUAUGUGGCGGCUACUAAAAAUCUUGCUUGAUGGGAAGGGAGCAGUAAACGUUCUUUCACAGGUUCUAGGAAACGUCGGGUUCUUUGGGGCUGCGAAGGAUACUGUGAAAGCAAUGUGGGACUGCUUUCCUGGUGGAUUUCCAUUCUUGUUUAGUAGGCAUACAGGAUGCACCACGCAUUCCGAAAAUGCAAGUAGAGAAAAUGCAGUUAUGCACAGUAAUCACACAGGCAUAUAG